UCUCCCUGUUUUUCUUUCUUCUUCAGAUCAAUAAACCCUAGAUUGCAUGCGUCUGAGACUCCACCCCUAGCAUUUUCGCCCGCUGGUAACUUAAUUAAAGCUUCAUACAUGCUUUUGAUUGCACGCGUCUGAGACUCCACCUGCGGAAUUUUCGCUCUCCUUCCACCGCUCGUAACUUAAUUAAAGCUUCAUACAUGCUUUUGAUUUGUUUGUAGCGAGUAGGAAGAUCAGGUUUGGUUUAGAAUGAGCCUUUUUUUCAGAUUAGGGAUAUUCCUAUCCCUGCUUCUGCUAAUCCCAACCCCGUCUCAGUCAGCUGUUUCAAGCAUAGAUCUAGGUUCAGAAUGGAUCAAAGUCGCCGUAGUAAACCUAAAACCCGGGCAGAGUCCAAUCUCGGUCGCGAUCAACGAAAUGUCUAAACGCAAAUCCCCGGCAUUGGUCGCAUUUCAAUCUGGAAACCGCCUAAUCGGUGAAGAAGCGGCCGGGAUAGUCGCCCGCUAUCCCGACAAAGUUUAUUCCUUUAUCCGGGAUAUGAUUGGCAAACCCUACAACAAAAUUCAAGAUUUUCUCGGGAAAAUGUACUUACCAUAUAAUAUAGUGGAAGAUUCUAGAGGCACGGCCACGAUUAGAUUCGAUGAUGGUACUGUUUUUUCUCUGGAGGAGCUGGAAGCUAUGACUUUAAGUUACGCGAUCAAAUUAGCAGAGUUUCACUCCAAGGUUCCAGUUAAGGAUGCGGUGAUUGCGGUGCCUCCAUAUUUCGGGCAGGCAGAACGCAGGGGGUUGCUUACUGCCGCGCAAUUGGCGGGUGUUAAUGUGCUUGCGCUAAUAAAUGAGCACUCGGGUGCGGCAUUGCAAUAUGGGAUCGAUAAGGAUUUCUCGAAUGGAUCGAGGCAUGUUGUGUUUUAUGAUAUGGGAUCAAGUAGUACCUAUGCUGCACUUGUGUAUUUUUCUGCUUAUAAUGCCAAGGAGUAUGGAAAGACGGUCUCGGUUAACCAAUUUCAGGUUAAGGAUGUUAGCUGGGAUCCAGAGCUUGGUGGCCAAAAUAUGGAAAUGCGUUUAGUGGAGUAUUUUGCAGAUGAGUUCAACAAACAAGUUGGAAAUGGAGUUGAUGUGAGGAAGUUCCCCAAGGCAAUGGCUAAAUUGAAGAAACAGGUUAAGCGGACAAAAGAAAUUCUAAGUGCGAACACGGCUGCUCCAAUAUCAGUAGAAUCCCUCUAUGAUGAUCGAGACUUCAGGAGUGCCAUAACUCGUGAGAAGUUUGAGGAGCUCUGCGAAGAUUUGUGGGAGAGAUCUCUUAUUCCUGUGAAGGAAGUGCUUAAGAAUUCAGGUUUGAAGGUUGAUGAGAUAUAUGCAGUGGAGCUGAUAGGAGGUGCCACUCGAGUGCCAAAGUUGCAGGCAAAGCUUCAGGAAUUUCUUGGAAGGAAGGAUCUGGACAGACAUCUGGAUGCUGAUGAAGCUAUAGUUCUUGGUGCUGCACUACAUGCUGCAAAUUUAAGUGAUGGAAUCAAAUUGAAUCGUAAGCUAGGAAUGGUUGAUGGUUCUUCAUAUGGACUCGUGGUUGAGUUAGAUGGCCCUGGUCUUUUGAAAGAUGAGAGCACUAGACAGUUAAUUGUCCCAAGAAUGAAAAAACUCCCCAGUAAGAUGUUCAGAUCCAUUAUCCAUGACAAAGAUUUUGAUGUUUCACUUUCAUAUGAGGAUGAAGAUCUUCUACCACCUGGUGUUUCCUCUCCUAGAUUUGCUCAGUAUGCCGUGUCUGGUUUGGCAGAUGCUAGUGCAAAAUAUUCUUCUCGGAACCUGUCCUCUCCCAUCAAGGCAAAUCUGCAUUUCUCUCUUAGUAGAAGUGGGAUACUUUCUCUGGAUCGAGCAGAUGCUGUUAUUGAAAUAACAGAAUGGAUUGAAGUUCCCAAAGUGAAUGUGACUCUGGAGAAUUCAUCUGCUGCAUCCCCCAAUAUAUCAGUUGAAACAAGUCCUCGUAAUGCUUCAGAAGACAGCAAUGAAAACUUGCAUGCUGAUGGCGGGAUUGAUAACACAUCCAAUGCCACUGAAAAUCAAAGUGACAAGGAUCUUGGCACAGAAAAAAAACUGAAAAAGCGAACAUUUAGGGUUCCACUGAAGGUAGUUGAGAAGACAGUGGGACCUGGAAUGCCACUUUCAAAAGAAUUAAUUGCUGAAGCUAAACGCAAGUUGGAAGCAUUGGACAAAAAGGAUGCAGAGCGGCGUAGAACUGCAGAGUUAAAAAAUAAUCUGGAAGGAUACAUCUAUACUACUAAAGAAAAGCUUGAAUCAUCUGAGGAGUUAGAGAAGAUAUCAACCACUCAGGAACGCCAGUCCUUUAUUGAAAAGCUUGAUGAGGUGCAAGAAUGGUUGUAUACUGAUGGUGAAGAUGCUACAGCUGCUGAGUUUCAAGAACGUCUAGAUUUGUUAAAAUCUAUUGGUGACCCAAUAUUUUUCAGAUUGAAUGAGCUUACUGCACGGCCAGCGGCAAUGGAAGAUGCUCACAAAUACCUUGGUCAGCUGAAACAGAUUGUACAGGACUGGGAGACAAAGAAACCUUGGCUUCUGAAAGAUAAAAUAGAUGAGGUCCUGAGUGAUGGUGACAAGGUCAAAAAUUGGUUGGAAGAGAAAGAGGCCGAGCAGAAAAAGACUUCUGGAUUCAGCACUCCUGCAUUUACCUCAGAUGAGGUGUAUGAGAAAAUUUUCAAAUUUCAAGAGAAGGUUGCCAGCAUCAACCGAAUUCCUAAGCCAAAGCCAAAAAUUGAGAAGCCCACAAAGAAUGAAACCACGGACAAUGGGGCUAGCGGUGAGGAGAAAGCAAAUGCUUCCGACUCAUCAUCUGAGGAGACUCCCUCCUCCCAAGAUGAUCAAUCAGCUGCAGGGGAUUCAGAUGGCAAGCCCAACGAGGAAGCAGAAGCAGAAGCAGAAGCAGAGGUCCAUGAUGAGUUAUGAUCAAACCAAAACAGACAUACAGGUAUCUAUACUGAUUAUUGCCCUCCUAAUUCCAAAAACAUGGAGAAGCAAAUGUAGAAUGAAAGGGGUGAGGCAGAUGCAGCAUUGCGAAGCAUGAAAGACUACAGAGAUGAACCCUUUUUUUCUUUUAUCCUUUCUAGGAAGGCAUUUUUUUCUUAUCCCACAUCCUCUCAGAACAAAGAAGAGAAAAAGGAAUAUGGUUCCCAUGUUAUACCCAGCUGAUGGGGAAUUUUGGUUUGUUAUAUUGAAUAUUCUGACCAUAUAAUCUAAUGCGGAAUUACACUUAAAGAGGAAAGAAGGUGAUGUAACGGAUAUUAAAAAAUAUAAUGUUAUCUUGUCGUCCAA